CACAUCGGUAGCGGCCGGCUAGGUAGUCACAUGUCAUGCUUGUGAGCGUACAAAUUCGUGUUUAAUCACGAUGGCACUCUUCGUCGUUGCUAGGGCUAAUAAAAAUUAAAAAAAUAUAAAAGAUAGAGCGGGAAAGUAUUUUUUAAUGUUUUAUCCACAAUGUUUGAUUUAUUAAUUUAAAUUUAAAAAGUUUGUUAAAACAAGUUCACUGACAAAGAAAAAUGAAAAUAAUAUCACUUCUUCGUGACUGUGUUGAUUUACUUAAGAGGCGCUUUUUUUUGAUUUCAUGGAUCUCAUUAGUUGUAUACCUAUUUUAUGAUACGUUCAUGUAUUACAAAUAUGGACGAAAAUUUUAUCACCUAAGAAAAAUAUUAGGGUUAGGUUUGUAUACUUCCCGCGGCACGGCAUCUGUUCUAAACCUAUGUUGUGCGCUAAUUCUGCUGCCAUUAUGCAAGAAACUUAAUCAAAUUCUGUACAGGAUUCUGUCAAAACUUUGGCCAGGACUAUUCUUUUUCUGGUUAGAGAAGGCUAAAAGUUUUCACAUGACUGUUGCUGUUACACUAUUAUUUUUUGCAGUAUUACAUUCCAUUUCCCACUUUGUAAACUUGUGGAAUUUCUCAAGAGGCUACGACGAAGAAUGGACCGAGAUUAACUUCGCAAACUAUAGAGGCGAGAACCCGGUAUUCCUAUUGUUAACCAUGACUGGCAUGACGGGGGUCUCGAUGCUGCUGAUAGUGUUGUGCAUGGGUGCUACGUCUAUGAGGAUAGUCCGGCGGAGGGUUUACAACGCGUUCUGGUACACGCAUCAGCUGUACCUGCCGUUUUUGGUGCUACUUAUUAUUCAUCCUUUAAGCGGUGUGUUGAAAGAAGAAAUUAUAGAAGAACCUAGUCAAUAUCCUAGUCAUAUAGAAAAUUGGACCACCAAUUCCACUGUGAAAGAUAAUCCAAAGUUUAUAGCAAUAAAAUCGAAGACUUGGCUGUGGAUAUCUUUACCGCUGAGCUGUUUCUUGUUAGAUCUGUUAUGGCGGGUAUUUACAAGGAAUCGGGCCAGAGUGGAUAUAUUAGAAGUAAGUCACAUGUCCGGCCGCACUAUCAGCCUGCGGCUGAGUUGCCCACACAAGCGGUUCGCGUGCCGCGCGGGACAGUACGUGUUGCUGCAGUGUUUGGACGCAUCGCUUAUAGAGUGGCAUCCGUUCACUGUUGUUAAGGUUCCUACAUCAAACCAAAGAAAUUUUGUAGUAUGGAUAAGAGUGAAAGGCGAUUGGACUGAGACACUAGAGAAGCUGUUGUUAGAAAAAGGAAUUAAUAAAUUAAGUAUGCUAGUGGACGGCCCGUUCUCGAGCCCAAUGGAGAGUGUGGGCCGCAGCGACGUCGCGAUCUGUGUCGCAGCUGGAGUCGGCAUCACUCCAUUCGUAACCACGUUACAUCACAUGUUAAUGUUCCCAAGAAGUCGACUGCCAGGUCGAAUACACCUUGUAUGGAUAGUAAGACACGAGAAAGAGCUAACUUGGCUCGCAGAUUUGGCAAACAAGAUUCUACUACAACUACGCAACGCCAACAGACCUGACAGAUUACAUCUCGAACUGUACGUCACAAAUAGAGACUCCACAUUAAACCAUAUAGUAACAGUCAACGAGAAAGGUCGACUUUCCCAUCUCUUAGAUAGAGUCAAUGAGAAAAAUGGACUUCCUCAUAUAGAUAGAGUUGAUGAAAAAGCGACUCUAUUGACACCUAACUUGAAAAGGUCGUAUAAAGAUGGCAGAGACGACGAGUAUGACGUGGCAAAGGAGUAUCCGCUCCUCGGAUGUAGAGUUAGGCGAGGCAGGCCGCAUUGGGAUAGAGUUUUCGGAUACUGGGUUCAUUUAUAUCCGGAAAACCGUCUGAAUCUUUACUGCUGCGGCCCAAAAAAACUAGUGAAGUCGUUACGAGAUAAAUGUAAAGAAAUUUCUCGUGACACCAAAACUAAAUUCACGUUUGUCCACGAGGGCUUCUCCUAAUCACAUUUUAACAAAUAUAACUCAUUUAUAACCGUUUA